ACAGAUACAUAGAUUACGAAUAAAACGAGGUUAAUAAUUCAAAUGCGGAGAUCGACCACGAUCUCAAUUGCAUCAAAAGCAAAUAAAUUUCUCAAUCUGUGUCUUCUCCAGAAAGGUAAUCCUGUAAUUGUUCCUUUCAUUAGCCGUUUCUGGGGAAGAACUUUUUCUACUAAGAGAUCGAGUAUGAAUUUAGAAGAAGAAAUUGAUUUGUUCUGUAAAAUGAUUCAAUCUCGUCCUCUUCCUUCAAUAGUUGAUUUCAGUAAAGUAUUGAGUAAAAUCGCCAAAUCGAAGAAUUACGAUCUUGUGAUCUCUCUGUUUCACCAUAUGGAAGUUUGUGGAAUUGGUCAUGAUCUUUAUAGUUACAACAUUGUGAUUAAUUGUUUAUGUCGAUGCUCUCGAUUUGUUAUUGCUUUAUCUGUUGUUGGGAAGAUGAUGAAGUUUGGUUACGAGCCUGAUGUUGUCACGGUUAGUUCUUUGAUUAAUGGAUUUUGUCAAGGGAAUAGAGUUUUUGAUGCUAUAGAUUUGGUUAGUAAAAUGGAGGAAAUGGGAUUUAGACCAGAUGUUGUUAUCUACAACACGAUCAUCGACGGUUCUUGUAAGAUCGGGUUGGUGAAUGACGCGGUGGAGCUGUUUGAUCGGAUGGAAAGAGAUGGGGUUAGAGCUGAUGCUGUUACUUAUAACUCUCUUGUGGCCGGUCUUUGUUGUUCUGGUAGAUGGAGUGAUGCAGCUCGGCUAAUGAGAGAUAUGGUAAUGAGGGAUAUUGUUCCUAAUGUCAUUACUUUCACUGCGGUGAUCGAUGUGUUUGUGAAAGAAGGGAAGUUUUCGGAGGCGAUGAAGUUGUACGAGGAGAUGACACGAAGGUGUGUAGAUCCGGAUGUUUUCACUUACAAUUCGUUGAUCAACGGUCUUUGUAUGCACGGUCGGGUAGAUGAGGCCAAACAAAUGCUUGAUUUGAUGGUAACUAAGGGUUGUCUCCCCGAUGUAGUGACUUAUAAUACUCUCAUUAACGGGUUUUGCAAGUCUAAGAGGGUUGAUGAAGGAACGAAACUCUUCCGCGAGAUGGCUCAAAGAGGAUUAGUUGGUGACACUAUCACAUACAACACUAUAAUCCAGGGCUAUUUUCAAGCGGGUAGACCAGAUGCGGCGCAAGAAAUUUUCAGUCGGAUGGAUUCUCGUCCCAAUAUUAGGACGUACAGCAUUUUGUUGUAUGGGCUUUGUAUGAACUGGAGGGUAGAGAAAGCAUUGGUGUUAUUCGAGAAUAUGCAAAAGAGUGAAAUAGAACUUGAUAUUACUACUUAUAAUAUCGUCAUUCACGGGAUGUGCAAGAUUGGUAAUGUUGAAGAUGCGUGGGACUUGUUUCGUAGCCUUUCUUGCAAAGGACUUAAGCCUGAUGUUGUGUCCUACACUACGAUGAUCUCAGGCUUUUGUAGGAAACGCCAAUGGGAUAAAUCAGAUUUGUUGUACAGAAAAAUGCAAGAAGAUGGGCUUCUUCCAUUAUAACAUAUGAAAACUGUAUAUUAUUUGUAAGUAAAAAACAAAUUCUUUAUUUUGUAUUCAUCACCAUUUGUAAUUUUGUAUUAUUACAAAAGAAAUACAAGUAAGCUGGAGUUUAAUGUAAA